GCCGCUUAUAACCCCUCCUCGCCGCACUCUGUUUCCUACUGCGCCCAGGGAGAAACGGGCGGGCGGCAGCUUGCAGAGCCCCGGGCCCGGCGGACAAGGCAGCUAUGGGGAGGCAGCUGCUGCUACUGCUACUCGGCGGGCUCGCCCUGCUCGGCCCCCUGCUCGCCUUCUCCCCGCCGGCGAACGACACCACUUCCUGGAAUGGCACGCACCGGAUAAGAACCUUUGCAUCUUAUCACAAAGAUGACGCCUAUGAACAUAUACCUCUUCAAGACAUCGACAGUGAUACUGAAAGUGAUUCAGAAGUUGGAUCAGGAUUAAGCAGUCUAACUAAAGCCAAUCAAACUAAAGCACAAACAAGAUUCAUCUCUCAUGAUGCUAAAAGAUACCUGACUAGUCAAUGGUUGACUCGUUUUGUUCCUUCAGUUUACACUUUAGUGGUUAUGCUGAGUCUCCCUCUGAACAUCACAGCAAUACUUGUGUUCCUGAUAAAAAUGAAAAUUAAAAAGCCAGCUAUAGUAUACAUGCUGAAUCUGGCCUCUGCGGAUGUAUUGUUUGUAAGUGUCCUUCCUUUUAAGAUCGCAUACCAUUUUUCUGGAAACAACUGGGUGUUUGGACCUGAAAUGUGUCGGCUCAUCACCGCUGCCUUCUACUGUAAUAUGUACUGUUCGAUACUGCUGAUGACUGUUAUAAGCAUUGAUCGUUUCUUAGCCGUGGUGUAUCCUAUGCAAUCUCUCUCAUGGCGUACAUUAAUGCGUGCCUCGUUGAUCUGCUUUACAAUAUGGCUUAUAGCCAUAGUUGGUGUUAUACCCAUUCUCAUCACAGAGCAAACUAUGAAAAUAUCUGAGUUAAACAUUACAACCUGCCAUGAUGUGCUACAAGAAUCUGAACUUAAGAUAUAUUACCGUAAUUUCUUCUCCAUUUUCUCUUCCAUUUUCUUUUUUGUGCCAUUAAUAAUUUCUGCGGUCUGUUAUGUGUGUAUCAUCCAAUGUCUUAUCUCUUCUAAUAUUGUUGCAAAACAAAGUAAGAAGACACGUGCUUUACUCUUGUCUGCAGCUGUUUUCUCUAUUUUUAUUAUUUGUUUUGGACCAACAAAUGUCCUUUUAUUAAUUCAUUACAUAUCUUUUCCUUACAACCACCAGUUAGAAUACAUCUAUUUUGCCUAUCUCCUAUGUGCUUGUAUCAGCAGUGUAAGCUGCUGCAUUGAUCCUUUGAUUUAUUACUAUGCUUCGUCUGAGUGUCAGAGACAGGUUGGCAAUCUCUUGUGCUGUAAAGAGAGUCCUGAACCUACCAGUAGUGGCAGCAGUGGUCAGUUAAUGGCUAGGACCAGUGGAAGGGAUACCUGCUCCAGUAAUCUGAGUAACAGUGUCUACAGUGUCUACAGGAAGUUGCUAGCAUAAUGUUUUAGGAUAAAUGUACAUCAUACACUCUUUGAAGAUUUUUAUACAGCUUCAGUAAAAAUACCCUAUUUAUAUCCAAGAAUUGCACAAUUUGGGGCAGAUUUUAAUUGAGACAUAUAGUAGGGUAGAUUCAUUACAGUAAUACAUCAUUCUAAAUACAGCAUAGGACUCUGUGUAUUUAUAUGUAUAUAGGUGAAGCGGGAGGAAGCAAUAUAAAGAACUUUUAUAAAAGCUGUUGGAUAUUAUUUUCAGAUAAAUCCAGGCAAACCCUUUUAAGAUUUGCAGUUCAGUCAAUUGUAAAAUUCUGUGAAAUAUUUUCUGUUUUAGCAUUUUAAACCCCAAAAAAUUGUUUCUAUACUUAUAAGUGAAAUGUAUCAAAUCAUCUCUCCAUUAUCUUGCAAAUGAAAUGAAAAUGGUUUACCAGCCAAGCUGUUUUUUCAAUGUCAUUAUUUGUAGGUUUAGCUACACAAUUAAAUUUUUGAGCAUCAUUCUGCAUUUUUGGGGACCUCAGAGUGUGGAUUUCUCCAAGUUUUACAUAGAAGUUUAUGAAGAGGAUUUUAACAAAAAAAAAA